GGGGCGCGCAGCCCUCCGCCAUGUACACCUUCGUGGUGCGCGACGAGAACAGCAGCGUCUACGCCGAGGUGUCCCGGCUGCUUCUCGCCACCGGCCACUGGAAGAGGCUGAGGCGGGACAACCCCAGGUUCAACCUGAUGCUGGGGGAGAGGAACCGGCUGCCUUUCGGGAGACUGGGUUAUGAGCCCGGGCUGCUGCAGCUGGUGAAUUACUACAGGGGGGCUGACAAGCUGUGUCGCAAAGCUUCUUUGGUGAAGUUGAUCAAGACAAGCCCGGAGCUGGCCGAGUCCUGCACCUGGUUCCCCGAGUCCUACGUGAUUUAUCCAACGAAUCUCAAGACACCAGUUGCUCCAGCGCAGAAUGGGAUCCAACCACUGGUCAACAACUCAAGGACAGAUGAAAGAGAAUUCUUUCUGGCUUCUUACAAUAGAAAGAAAGAGGAUGGGGAAGGCAAUGUUUGGAUUGCGAAGUCAUCAGCUGGUGCCAAAGAGCGACUUGCCAUCACUCCUCAGACCGGCUGCUUCUUCAACAUCAGCCCCGUGUCAGAUGGCUCCGAGACAAGCUGGGUCUUGGUGGACCAUCAGUACAAUAUCUACCUCUAUCGAGAGGGUGUCCUCCGAACUGCCUCAGAACCGUAUCAUGUGGAUAAUUUCCAAGACAAGACCUGCCAUUUGACCAAUCACUGCAUCCAGAAGGAGUUCUCAAAGAACUACGGGAAGUAUGAGGAAGGGAAUGAAAUGUUCUUCGAGGAGUUCAAUCAGUACCUAAUGAGUGCUUUGAACAUUACCUUGGAAACUAGUAUCUUACAGCAAAUCAAGCAUAUCAUAAGGAGCUGCCUCCUGAGCGUGGAGCCGGCCAUCAGCACCAGGCACCUCCCUUACCAGAGCUUCCAGCUCUUCGGCUUCGACUUCAUGGUGGACGAGGAGCUGAAGGUCUGGCUCAUUGAGGUCAACGGCGCCCCGGCUUGUGCUCAGAAGCUCUAUGCAGAGCUGUGCCAGGGCAUCGUGGACCUGGCCAUAUCCAGUGUCUUCCCGCCCCCGGAUGUGGAGCCGCAGCCGCAGCAGCCAGCUGCAUUCACCAAGCUGUGACCAGCGGGGCCCUCAGAGCUGCCUUGGGAAGUGCCCACAGCCCUGCUCCACAGCAAGGCAAGGGUACCUACCAGACUGCUGCUCGUCAGGCCAAGAUGGGGAAGAGAGGCAACUUGAACAGCGUGACAGAAGAGAACAGGAGAAGAGGGAGCGACCCCAGAGCCUGCUGCCCAAGGAGCGGCCCUGGGGAGCUCUCUGCGGUGCUGGUGCAGCGGGGGAAACUGAGGCACGUGUCUCCGAGUGGGGAGUGGAGCGUUCGUCCGUGGGGCGGAGACAGGGAUGUGGCUCCUGCGUGCGCCCACCCUUGGGAAGUCUCCCGAGCUCGGUGACUCUGGGGCAGAGCCCCUGCUCCCCGGGCUGGCAGACCAAGGGCCUCUGCUUGGCCUUUCCCCCACCUGCUGCAGCCUUAGUGCCUUAGCUCUGUGCCCAGCUGCAGCCCAGCUUUCUGGGACAUGAAGUGGAUGUGGAUGUUGGAGCACCUGGAAGGCGGCCCAUGUGUCCCCUGCUCGUCCCCUCUACAACACUCUGUCCUCCUAAGCCCUGGACGAGCAUGCACCAACAGUCCUUAGUUUCGCGCCGUGCGGCAGCUCUCUGCAAAGGCUGCUGUCCUUGUCUGCUUUCUGGUGGGGUGGGGUCGAGCUCCUGUCGGGGGUCCUCCACAUUGGGCCCAAGCUGUGUCCCCUGCGCACUCCAUCUGCUCUCUGCAUGUUUUAGAAACAAAGUGACGAGUCUGCCAAACUUAGAAGCCUCCAAUAAGCAUGAGAGGAAAAAACAUACAAUAUCUUGCUUUCCUUAAUAGGUUGGAUGUGUUGGGGGGGGGUGUCUUUGAAAUAUGAUUCUCAAUUAUUUUUGUUUUAAUCAGAGUGCUAACUGCAUGGGGCCGGUGAGAUAGC